AUGAGCCCCACAAUAGCUGAGGCCUCACUAACACCUGCCCUGAUGCUCAUACUCGGCCCCAAGAAAGAUCUGUUGUCUUUCGACAACAAGAUGGAGGUUGACAGUGCUCCUCUACGAGGAAGUCAUGGGCCUACAGCCAUGCCGAGCUUGCCUUCUACAAAUGUAGCCUCACCCAGCUCGCUGGGAGGUCUCAAAGUGUUCAAACAGCAAAGGUUGAGCGCCCAGCUUGUCCAGCCUACAGUAUAA